AUGACGACGGAGGAAGUUGCUCCAAGUUCUUCACGUGUGGAAGAGAAACAUCAACAUGAAGGAAAAAUCGACUCAGCAGUAGGUCUGGCACAAGCCCGGACCAACGAGUCAUCGCCACAGCUGCAACCAUCGCGGGUCAGUCGACUGUACACAUUGCUCUCCUAUACACCACCACUAUGCCGCUACGACCCAAACAAGCCACCAGGCUUCUCCAUGGCGCUCAACAUCCUCUUUGCCUUCGCGGCGUGCUUCACGGUGGCGAAUCUAUACUACAACCACCCCAUUCUGAACCUGCUGGCCAAAGACUUCGGUGUCUCGGAUGAGGAAGCGUCAUACGUGCCCACACUAGCACAAGCCGGGUACGCCACAGGCCUGCUAUUCCUCUGCCCACUAGGGGACCUAGUCAAGCGGAGGCCGUUCGUAUUGUGGCUGGUCUGGUUCACGGCCACUCUCUGGAUAGUGCUGUGCUUGACCAAUAAUUUCCACGUCUUCCUUGCGGUAAGUUACCUAACGUCUGUGACGACGGUGACGCCACAGUUGAUGUUGCCAUUGGUGGGCGAUCUGGCUCCGCCACAUAGACGAGCAUCGGCGCUAGCGAUCGUCGUCUCGGGCCUGCUGCUGGGGAUGCUGGUCGCAAGGUUGCUGUCCGGUGUGGUGGCAGAAUUUGUUGGAUGGCGCUGCAUCUACUGGAUCAGCUUCGGGCUCCAAUAUUUGAUCUUGAUACUGCUGUGGCUGUUCAUGCCGGACUAUCCCAGCACGAAUCCGGAUGCAAAACUGGUGAGGGGGUACCCCAUGUUGCUGUGGGAUAUUGUCAGAUUCACCUUUCGCUACCCAGUCCUGAUGCAGGCGUGUCUGAUUGGCUUCUUCACAAGCUCGACAUUCACCAGCUUCUGGACUACACUGACGUUCUUGCUGGCCGGAGAUCCGUACAACUACUCGCCGCUGGUAAUUGGCUUGUUUGCUCUUAUAGGCAUUGCAGCUAUGACAUGGGGACCCUUUUACGCACGAAUUGUGAUGGACAAGACGGUUCCUUUAUUUAGCGUCAUUGUCGGUGGGUGUAUCGUCCUUGCCAGCAUUGUGAUCGGCACUUAUACAGGCGAACGCACUGUAGCGGGCCCGAUCAUUCAGGCUUUGGGGCAAGAUCUCGGAAUUCAGACCUCGCAGAUAUCGAACAGGACUGCGAUCUAUUCUACCGCUCCGAAAGCUAGGAACAGAGUGAAUACCAGCUAUAUGGUUUGCGUGUUCCUAGGCCAAACAGCUGGGACACUGAUCGGAAACCGUUUGUAUGCUCGUGGCGGUUGGACGGCUUCAGGAAGUGCAAGUGUUGGAUUUAUUAGUAUGGCACUUGUGGUGUCAUUUGCCAGGGGACCGCACGAAAAAGGUUGGGUUGGAUGGGGUGGUGGUUGGAAUAUCAGGAAAGAUGUGCCUGUGGAAGUAAAGAAAGAUGAGGAAGCACAAAGGACCAGUCGGGAAGGCGCCGCGAAAGACCAACAGACCAAUGUUAAGCCAGUGGCAGGCGCCAACGCCGAUGCUGAGGUUACACAAGCAAAGGCAGUGACGGAGAAGCAGGCUGAAGCGGGUUCAGAGACCCGUCAAUGA